AUGACGCCACAAUCCAAGAUGAGGCCAAAGGAAAAGGGGACUGAUGAUCCAACAGGUGCUGUAACGCCAGAAGAAGUGCAGUUUCAAAUGGACUUGCAAACUGCAAUUGAGAGAUCCCUCGAAGACAGUUAUUUGAACAAUAACCAGUCAGCCGCUGACACUUCUGAGAGCACAAAAAGUGACAAUCAGCAAACACCAGCUACUGUGGACAACAACGAAACGUUAACUGCCUCACCUGAAGAUGAAAGUGAAGAAAAUGCGGACGAUGAAAAGACUGAAUCUGCUGUCGAAGACCAGCCCAGUGAACAGCACGAAGCACGAGCUCUUGAACAACAGGAUGACAAUGAAGAAGAAUCCUCCUCAGCAGACAGUGGCAGAAAGUAUUAUCCAGCGAGGAUUUCUCCGACUCCACCAGACGAGGCACGUGAUUAUUCAGAGAAAGAAAUCACUAGCGAGACUGAGACUAGUGAGGACGAUUCGGAAGUUGUAUCUCGGAAUGACUUGAUGCCACAGCAACAGUAUGGUUUUGAUGGCGCAAUGGGACAGCCGAACCCUCAGUAUCAACAUUUGGAUUCUGCCCAGAGAUACGCCAACCCGCCACUGUUGACUGUUCAGGUUGGCAACGUUGAGAAGCAAAAGCCCUCAGACGAUAAGAUGGUGAGUGAGGAGCAGACACUAAUUUCACCCAGCGUUACUGAUAGCGUAGACUUGGAAAAUGAAUUCAAGUUACGUCAGAUUUGUGUUGAUGAGAAAGAAUUGAGCGAAAAGCAAGCGGAAGCCACAGGGAAAAUUAGUUCACUUCGUUAUAGCAAGAUAAAAUACAUUCGAAGGCAUUCUAAAAGUAUGGAUAAAAGGCAGUUUAUGGUGGUUUCAACAACGUACCGUGCACAGAGUGACGCAUGUCUGCCGUCAUCAACAGCUAAUCAGCAGCACCACAUCGCGGAUGAUGAGACACGGUCUUCUUCCGCAGCAACAAACAUUAAAAGCGAGAUUCAAUCUCACGAAGAAACAGUUUCUAAUGAAAAAUACACGGAAGAGAUGCAAGCUUCACAGUAUCUACAUGGUCAGAAAAUACAAGAGAAGCCACAACAGUCUAUUGCUACGGAAAAGGAGUUGGCAGAAAAGCCACAGUCUCAGCAAAUUAUUGCUGAGAAUGUCACUGACCAAACAGCUGCGACCCUCCAAAAUACGGAUAUUACAGAGGGUCAGUACCAGAAACUAAGACCCACAGCGAACCAGAACCAGUUGGUAUCAGCAGAAAAGAUCAAUUACCAAAACGCGCUGCUGACAGAUGAGCAGACAAAUCUUAAAGGAAAAAAUGACAAAGCUUUGAAUACCCAUACAGAGCUUGGAUAUGUCUCUAUCACCCCACAUGAGGUCAACUCUACAAUGACUCCGGAAGAGGCCUACGCGUUACUUUUGGAAGACAGUCACUACGAACAGUCAGUAGCCAACCAGAGCCUAGACCGCCCGGAACAUGACUUCGCAGUGAUACAGGCUGACUGA